UUUCGUGUUUGGGUCGCGGUCGCGUCGCUUGUAUCUGAGAUUCUCAACAAGUUGCGUGUGAUUAUAAAACGCAACGUGAACAUUUUUUAGUGUUGUGUUUUUGGACAUACGUGAUUUUUAUUGUGUAUUGUGUGAGCUGCUUCUUUUUGGAUUUUUUUUGUCAUAAGAAGAAUAUGGCACAAAAGAAUCUGUGAAAUCGCACAAUGGGCUAGUGGACACCCUUCACCAUGAAUGACAGCCGCGAGCGCAUACGACGAGAGAGGGAGCGAGAGAAGAACACUUAUACCUCUCCCCGUCUGGCGUUGCGACGGGUGCUCCUACUGGCAGAGGGGCGGCAGUUUAGGGAAGCUGGCGCAAUUUUGGCGCGUCUUGGGCCUGGUGUGCUGCAGACUGUAGCAGCAGAACUGCCCAUUGACUUACUCUUGGAAGCGCUUCCGCAUUCGGCACAUCUCCUAGAGACACUGCUUAACAGAUUAAUAACGUUGGAGAUCUCUCCUCGCCCUGAGGUGCAAUGUGAGGCUGUGGCAUGGCGUCUGGUCGGUCUGCUUGGCAGUGACCAAGGGUCUGGCUUGCGUGCGCGCACAGCCAGACUGGCUACAGCCCUCGCCAUCUACAUGCCAGACGCAAGGGAUGCUAUUGAUGCGAGAAGAAGACAACUGGACGCCGCAGUGCAAGGAUUGGGUACUCAUGGUCUGACUGCAGACGCAUCAGGAGCGUUGAUAUCCCUUCAUGUGGCCAUGAAGAAUGAACUACAGCGACACGUGGAUGUCUACAAACAAGCACUACACAAAUUAGAUGAACUGUCGUCAGUGACAUUGAACCAGGAUCCUGCCUCGUCAUCUCACCAACGCUUACUCGCGCUCUCUCAUGCAGAUGUAGAGCGAAGGUUAAUAGACAACAAAUCUCUAUUGACGAUCGUGGACAAACCAGCUUUAAGACAGCUACCCACGUUGGUGGCUUCUCUGGCGGCGAGGGUGGAGAGUGACAAAGCUGUUCUGGCUUGCGUUGGACAAAUUAAGAGGAGUGAUCCUGCUUUGGAUUUGAAUGACACGCGGCCAGUAGCUGGAGUUCUGAUGAGUUAUUCCCGAGGCUGUACAGCAGUACUAUCACAGAUGACUGAGGGCGAUAGAGAAGGUGUGACAGAAGGCACUCCUCGUUCACAAACAGAUUCAGCCAGUGACGGCUAUCACUCAGACAGUGACGAUUCUCCACAACUGCCAGAUAGAAGUAAAUUGGUGUCUCAGUAUGCAGCGGUGUGGGCGCGUGCCGCAGACGAGGCGUUGCCGGCUUUGGCGGCGCUGGAGCCGCUACGACAUACACCGCACUUGAAGUACAAGAUCGUCUUCUCCGUGGUCGUUCUGUCGUUCCGCGCCGCGAUCAGUCUGCGCGACCGUCGACUGAGCGAGGUGAAGGCGCUGCUGGGCGCUGGCGACGAGUCCAGCUCGAACGAUCCCAAUAUCACGCGGCUGCUGUCGGCUGCCGUCCGUGUAUUGCACGAUACAGCGCACAGCUUCCCUUUAGGGGAAGCCGAGCGGACUGUCAUCAGCCAGGUGCUGGGUACACUGCGCGAGUAUCCGUGUCUUGGUAGUUGCGGGGCUCUACACGCGCUGGUGGCGGCCGCCUGUCGUGCCGCCUGGGCCGUAAGCCUGCAUUCCCCGCCGCUACGCAUCGACACUGACUUCACGCCCGUGGUGAUGAACCCGGAGAAACACGUACGGUACUCAGUAGGGGAGUCCCGUGAGCGACGCUCGGAUCUGAUCAAGUCGUUUGUGUGGCCUGCACUCAUGGAUGGAAACCGCUGUGUAUUCAGGGCGGUAGUACUCACGUAAUAGUGAACCACUAUUAUCGAAAGGCGUAAAUUGCUUUAAACCAAGAUAUUUUUGCUGAACACAUUUAUUUAAAGAAAUUUUGGCAACGUGGCUAAUGGCCUUAGGAAAAUAUGAAUGUAUUAGAAUAUUAUCAAAUUAUUAGAUGAACAAAGCUUCAGUUCGGUCUAGAUUGUUAACAAGUACCUACUUUUAAGCCAUCAAAUCUUGUUAAGAGAGCUCAUAUUGAUAACUGUAAAGAAGGGCUAUUUUUGUACUCGUUUUGAGGGGUUUAUUUCAUAUAGAUAUGAAAAAAUUGAAAUAUGAUUUGACAAUAUGAUAAUUUGGCCGUAGCCAUAUAAAAUUUGGCUAAACUAUAUUAUUUACUACACGAAAUUUCAAUAUGAAUAAAUGGGCAGCCAGUUUUAGACAACGAAACGCUAAUGAUGGUGCUCAAAACGCAGAAUGGCAAACGAUUUUCGAAAUUGAUUUAACUUUCUAGUUUUAUUUCUCAUAAUUUUCACAUUUUUUUGGUGAGAAGCGUAAAAAACUUACCUAUCACAAGUAAAGAUAAACACAUAUCAAUAUUGAUGAAAUAUAAUCAAUUUUAACUUUCGAAAUUUAACUUAACAAAUUCAUAGAAUUAUGAAUAAAACAUUUUAUUACGCUUGUAACCUGUACCAGAGAAAUAGAUUAAAUGUUCGUCCCGAAUACUUCUUUUCUUAAAUUAAUUUAAAAUUUUAAGGUAGACUUAAGACAUCGAUUUUAUUAUUCAGUUUAGAAACAUAGUUUUCUCUGAAUAGAUUGAUUCCAUAAUUAUGUUUUCAGAUGUCCAUUAUCAAUGAUUAAUGAAUAUUUUUUCACAUAUAAACAUAACGAUAUCCGAACUGUAUUAGUUAUUAAGUCUUGUACAAAUAUUAACAUAAAUAAGUAAUUUAUUUUGAUUAAUAUCUUUUGUUUAGUUAGUAAGCUUGUAUUUUGUAAUAAAUC